GUUAAAUUACCAAAACCGAAAUGGCUUAUUCCUCACAUUGUUUCUUCUUUGUUUCAGUGGCACUUUUGUUACAAUUUCUCAUAGCCCCUGCCUCGGCUUUGCCCUUACAAUCGACACAAUACAUCGACGAUUUAUGUAAGAUGCCAUCUAUCGACGACAAAACCUUUUGCUUGCAAACGUUGACUGGCUAUCAAGGUGCAAUGUAUGCCGGAAGCUCGAUUACACUAGCACAAAUCGUGAUCAGCGGCCUGCUCGUACCUCACGUCCAGAAGACAAUGCGUUUUGCACUACUCACUUCAGCAAAGGAGCCGCCGAGUAUAAAGACACAGUUCAUGACUUCCCGGGAAUACCUUAGAACUGUUGGAUACUCUCUCGCGAAAGCCUUUGAUCAACUAGCUGUCUCCCCACGUAGCUCAACCCAAGAUGUUAUGAGUUGUACCGACCAAAUUACCAAAGUGUUGAAUUUGAUCGGGAAAAACCAAGACGUUGCUUCGAAGACUCUCAUUGAGAUGACAAUGCGAAUGAAGAAGCUACUUCCUCUCGGUGUUGCAGCCGCACAAGCUGUUGCCGGGUGAAGAAGAAGAUUUUAACAUUUACUAUUGGGGCUUGUCUUAAUUUAUUUCAUUGAAAAAGGUUGAAAAUUAUAUUAAUAUAUGA